AUGGACCAGAUACUCCUCCCUGCAAUCUAUCGCCACCACGACGGUUCGCUUGUCCAGCAUUAUCCUGCUAGCUUUGACCACAGCCGGCUGAAUGCUACAGCCCGGGGGGUUGAGAUGCGCUCGCAGCGAGUGGAUCCGGUCGCUCGGCAGCAGCUUCUAUUCUAUUUCCUCCCGCCAAAUGCACUCGCGCUUGUGUGGGCAAGUAUUUUAGAGACCAUCGAGAGCGCUGGACUUCAGCAAUUCUCGGGUAUGACUAUCCUCGUCCAAGGCAAAAACCUGAAGACAUUGACCAAACCCAACACGUAA